GCGCGACAGAGGGCAUUUGAAGAGUAAUUAUGUCAACGGAGUGACGGGAGAGAAAAAAAACUCACAUCUCAGCGGACGGAAAAUGUGCGAUUGCGAAAAAGUGUGGGAAAAGUAGUGUGUUUUAGCGAAACGAGCUGCUGGAGAACGCGGAAAAAUCCGCACGCGAACGAAAAAAGCACGCACGGAACUGCCAACAGGCGGAGCAUACUGUGCGUACAGCAGUAGUAGUAGCAGUAGUUGCGAGCAGCAGUAGUGCGUUUUUCGAAUUUGAAUUGUCGAAUUCACGCUCGCACAGCGUUCAGCAGGAGGUCGUGGAUCGAUUUCUGCCAUUCUUGCACGAGGAAAAUAGCAGCAGACAGUGUGUGUCCCCCCAGCCGGACAGUCUUCCGUGUGCGCACGAGUGUGUGAACGAGGCAAUGGUGUAUUGGCGGUGAAGCAGAGCGAGAUAGAGCCAGAACAGAGCGCAGUUGGUGUGAACACCCGACCCCGACCGCACCGGAAUCGGGUAAAGCAACCCUUGGCGCCCUUCCGAACCGCCACCCUAUUCCCCUCUUCAUACGGCCAUCAGCAUAACCUACCUGGCCGGUACCACACCACCACCCUCGUGUUAGUGGUGAAGUUCUCGCAACACACCAAUACAGUGCACGCACAUCAUUUGAAAAGCAAAAGCGAGCGCGUGAGCGCGUGUGCGAGCAAUCAAACGGCGGCGGGCACGCGGUUUUCUUCACUGCGCGCCUACUAAAAGCACCGUGUGUGCGUGUGUGUGAGUGCGCGCGCGCCUGUGUGUCACGCGUGUGCGAGAGCGAGUGUGUGGUUGUGUAGCCACGGCACGCGAGCGUGCAGCGGUGUUGGUGUGAUCGGUCGCAGUUCUUUUUCCGCUUCCGAGACGGCGUUUUUUCGCUUUCGUCUUCUGAGUGUGGUAGCACGCGAGAAUGGAGAACACGUCCUACGGAAUAAAUGUGGCGAAUCGCUACGAUCUGUUUUGCAUCGACGACGAUGCGGGCGAUCCGAUCGAGGCCAUCAUGAAGAGUAAACAGAAGCAGCAGAAAAAGCAGCAGCAGCAGCAACAGCAGCCGCAGCAGCAGAGUGGCGCUACUACUGGCGCAGCACCGGCAGCAGCAGCAGCACCCCAAUCGCAGCAGGCAGCAAAGUCGAACGCGAAGGGUGGUGAGAAGGAGAACAAGGCCGGUGGUGGUGGCCGGGGAGCCGAAAAUCGGCACCCGGACAAAUCGGCCGCAGACGCGAAGCACGCACAGACGAACGGAACCGGCAAUCAUUUACAUAAUCAGCGCAGCGGCGGUGGCGAACGACGGGGCAUCAAGGAAACGCAGAAAGAUAACAUCCGCAAUCAGGAAAACCAGCGAGGCACUAAUCCGGGGGCUAAGUUCCCGCGUGGACCGAACAAGAAUGGCACGGUCGGUGGUGGUGGCGGUGGCGGCGAUGACAAGUAUCCCCGCAAGCCGCGCGACUUCGACGGCGACGGACAGCGGAAACCGUACGCGCAGAACGGUGCUGGUGGUGCUGCCGGUGGUGUGAAGCGGUUCGAUGGGCGCGGCAAGCGUGAACUGGACCGUCAAUCGGGCUCGAACAAAACUGGAAUCAAGGCGAUCGACAAGCGGGACGGUGCCGGCUCGCACAACUGGGGCAGCUCGAAACAGGACGCGAAGGAGUACUCGAACAAUCCGGACCAGGACUAUCAGCCACAGGAUGCGGACACGAGCGCGGAAGCGAACGCGGAACGUACGAACGUGAGCAAUGGGGGCGAGGAGGCGGGCGCCGACGGUGCCGGUGCCCCCAAAUCGGACGACGAGGCCAAGGAAAUGACGCUGGACGAAUGGAAGGCACAAAAGGCGGCCGUCAGACUGAAGCCACAGUACAACCUGCGCAAGGCCGGCGAGGGUGAAGACUCGAGCCAGUGGGAUAAAAUGGUUGCCCUGGACCGGAAAACGAACCCGAAGGCGGCGGAGAAGGGUGCUGCCGAUGGUGGCGCCGCCGAAGAGGACGAUGGAAAUGAUACGCAAAACAGCAAGCCGGCCGCAUCGUCGGGCGGUGGUGGCAGCGGCAAGACUACGAAGCAGUUUCUGGAAAUCGAGUACCACUUCAACGACAGCCGUCGGGGUGGAUUGGGCCGUUCGCGAGGUGGACGCGGUGGACGCGGCGGCGGCGGCGGCGGUGGCCGCGGCAUGGGCCGUGAAGGUGGUCCGGGUGGCAGACGUGAAUACGGCGGCGGAGACAACUAUCGGGGCGGUGAGGAAGGCGGACAGGAGGGUCGCAGAUACAACAACCAUUAUGGAGGCGGCGAAGGCGGUGAAGGUGGCGAGCGGCCACAGCGGGACUAUAACCGGCGUAACAACCGACCGCCGAUGGGCGGUGGUGGCGGCGCCGGUGGUCCGGAGCGGAACUACGAAGGUGGCAUGAACAACAAGUACAGCAGACCGAAUCCACGAUCGGCCAAGCAGCACGUACCGGCUGCACCGAAGGUGGACGAUGAGCAUGACUUCCCGUCACUCGGUUAAAAGGCUUCCCGCCUCUUUCGUCGUGGCGCGGUCCUCGAACGGCGGAACCGGGAUCAGCAAGGGCGAACCAGAGUUCGACGUCUCUCAAGAUCAGAUGUUUGUCGAACCGGCACACACAUACACAAACACACACUCACGCAAACUAACUAGAAGAGGAGAAAAGCAGUAGGAGAAUGAAGGAAAGAGAGAGAGGGAGAGCGAGAGUAGUAGCGGAAGGAAAGUGAAAGUCGAUGAAUACUAGGAUUUAUUUUUCAAAUGUUUUCCCCCUCCGGGUUUUUUUUGCCUAUUAUCUUACACGUGUUUUUCUUUUUAUUCCUGCCGGAGGGAUUAAGUUAGUAUAUCCUGAUAACACAAGUGUUCAAGAAAAAGGGGUGCGCGAGAAAAGGGAUAUCUAUAUCGGUGGGAAUAUAUGCUGCCAGUGCUUUAAUUACCGUGUGUGCGUGAAUUUUCUAACACCUAGCCGCCCCCUCACCCACCCUGUCCAUCUUCUUAACACAAACAACAAAACAAACAAAAGCAGCAAGUAAACAAAAACACUACUCAGUGUGGAACUAAGGAAAGGCGGGGUGUUUUUCCCCCCUGGUUCAGAAAAGUCGAUAGUAGAGAAUGCAUUGAGAUUAAGACGAGCAUUUGUGAACGUCAUCGUCUCUCUUCCCACACCGGACACAACAGCAGCGAGGAGUGAGUGAUUUAAGAGCAGCAGAAUGUUAAUGGCAGGCCAACAUUAUAAGAAACCGGAACAAAUAUCAGUUCACCUCGAACACACCAUCCCCAAAAAGGUAGUCGGUUUUGUUUCUUUCCGUUGUUGUUUGUUGGUUUGUGUUUUUUUUUCUCCUUUAGGAAAAGCUUUUCCGGCAGAGGAGUCCUUCGGGGGGUUGGGUGUGGAACAUGAACUUGCGAUCGUCCGUGUGCGUGUGUGUAUGUGUGUGUGUGUGCAUUGAACGGAAAGGAAAAGCUAGAAGGAUGUUGCCCACCCCUCAAUAAUAGUCUGUUGCUGUGUACUUUUAUACAGCGUUAUUUCAUGAAUUUUUCUUUGUGGGACAUCCAUGCGUUUUCACCAUCCCGAUUUUCUUAUAGCUCAUUUCGAAUUACAUACAUUGUUUGCCAAUAUUAAUAGCAUUUUUUUUUUAAAUUCAAAUUCACGGUUAACGGCCUUUCGGGAGGUAUUGAUUUUUUCACCCAAAAACGCAUCCCAGGAUGCAUUCUCUUACCCACAUACUAGCCGCAAUCGCUGUGCUCUGUUCCGGAAGCGAAUUUAAUUUUACUACUUGAAGAAAAAGAGCUGCCACAACAAUCGUGGUAAUUGCGUUGUGGUGUCGUUGGAGCACGGGAACGUAAACUGGGGCAAAACUUGAAUUACUACUGUAUGUAAUUGCUGCUGCUGCUGGAUGAUGCGCCGAAUGAUUUGUGCAAACACACAUAGUAAUACAUGAGUGUAUAUCAAUAUAAACACAAGACCUGCGCGCGCGAGAUUGCACACUUCCUGAUGAGAUAGUAACACGGCGAGGAAAUACCCGCAAGAACUAAAUGAUAAGCAAAAGUAACUAAACACGUAAAACACACACACACACACCAACACAGUACCCUAGAUUGUGCGGCGGUGGGCUCUUACUGAUCGAUAGGCCGCGCGAGAUCAUUAAUCGAAGAAAAGAGCGCAAGGGAUGAACACAACGAAAACGAGCACGUUGCUGCUGGUGUGUGUGUGUGUUGUGUGGUGGGUGAUUGAUGCGAGGGCGGGAGUUUCAUUCUUAUUUGACAAUUUUCUUAAGUUAAUUUUAAUCCAUUAUCUGUGUUUGAGAAAGUGGUUUUGUUUCGUAUGCAGUGAAUUUUUUUUUUAUUCAAUAACAAAUUGCGAGAGAAGAAUUCAGGAACACGACAGGAAGGGGAUGAAUUAUUUAGCCGGAAGGGCCUUCGAAUUGUGGUUGGCGGCCCCCUUUGGGUGGGUUAUUCUGCGAGGCGCUAAGAGAAAAUCGGUAACUCUACACAUAAUACAAACACACACAAAAAUAGGAGAGCAAUAUUUUUCAUCUUUAAGUGUUCUUUAAACGGAAGGUAGCGGCGCGGCGACCACUAAUGGAACCGGAGAAGAAACCCCCACAAGAAGAAUAAUCAAACUUGCGAAAACAAAAGCAACAUCUUAUGUACUGCAUUAUGCCCUUAAGUAAUAAAACAAAACGAACCUUGUUUAAGUGUAGCUAAAGCCGGUUUGGACUACUCAAUAGUAGUAGUAGUAGGAGGAGGAUGAUAUGAUUGGGAAUUGGUUUUCCAUGAGAGGGUGUUUCAUACACAUUCGCAAAAUUCAAAGUUGCGCGUGUUUUCGACUGUGCGCCGCUCGCUCAGUCACUUUCGGAUCGUCGUUUCAAAAAUAGCCGCAUAAAACGACAAGAAAAAAGGGAUCCUCGAGUCACAUACGCACGCGUGUCGUGAGAAUUGGGUGGGCAAGGAGGGAUGAGCCGGUGAAGACUAUCGUUGGGGACUAUCACACGAGAAUCACGAAAACCAGCAGCAAAUGGAGCAUUUACACAGGAAAAGGUGCGAUCGUGUGAUGAUCGCACAUGAUGGGGGAGACGACGUUGCUCACGUAUUAACAUGACAAACUAAAAACACUAACUGAUUCACCCAGAACGAAGGCAGCAGCAACCAAUAAAAGCAACAAAUUC